AUGACGUCAGCACUGACGCGCUCAUUCAGCGUCGAGUCUUCAGAGCUGAGAUCGUCCCAUCAGUCUACAAGUGAAGACGAGCAUCAGACCAUCAGGAAGAAGAGAAAUCUGCAAAGACAGAGUUUAUUGAAGGACAGUGAGAAGAUGAGUGAUCCAGAACCCUGCAGAAUUAAACAGGAAGAGUCUGAAGAACUAAUAGAUGUGAAGGAGGAGAGUGAAGAUGAGGAGAAACAUCAGGUCAAAAGUGUAGAAAAAACUCCAUCAGAGACUAAACAAAGUAUUUUAGUGGGAAGUGCAGCUGUUAAAGGUUCGACCUGCACUCAGUGUGGAAAGAGUUUCAGGUAUAAAUAUGAUCUCAGUCGUCACAUGAGGAUCCACACUGGAGAGAAACCUUACCAGUGUUCACACUGCGACAAAAGAUUCAGCGAUUCAGGGUGCCUGAAAUCACACGAGAGGAUUCACUCUGGAGAGAAACCGUAUCGCUGCACUGAUUGUGGGAAGAGUUUCAGACAUUUGUCUUCUCUAGGAAGACACGCACGAAUCUUUCACAACCCGAUGGUGAAGGAGGAGGAAGGUGCCAAUGGUCAAUAUUCAUGCUCUGAGUGUGGAAAGAAUUUUACGCAACAAUCCAGUUUAAACAGACAUCAGAGGACUCACACUGGAGAGAAACCACACACAUGUGAUCACUGCGGCAGAUCAUAUUUUAACCGUUCAGAUUUGAAGGUCCAUCUUGGAGUUCAUACAAAUGAGAACCCUUACUCCUGCUCUGAGUGUGGAAAGAGUUUUAUUCUUCAGGUAUAUUUAAGAAAACAUCAGAAGAUUCACACCGGUGUGAGAGAGUUUGCGUGCUUUGAGUGUGGGAAGAGUUUUGUUUUACCCGGAGACUUGAAACGACACCAGAGGACUCACACUGGAGAGAAACCGUACACAUGUACUCAGUGCGGGAAGAGUUUCACACAAUCAGCAAACCGUAAGAAACACAUGAAGAUCCACACUGGAGGGAAAACCAGCUCUGUUUUAUCCAAAGAUGCAAAUUAGAUUCAGGUGCAAAACUGAAACAUCACAUAAAACAUCUGUGAAUAAAGCAGCGUUUCCAUCCAACGAGACAAACAGAACUAAACCAUCAUGUCCUGAUAAACUAGCAGCAGAUAUGAGACAGAAAAAUGUAGUUAUGUGCGAUCGGAGAAGCAAAUGUGAACCUUUAUUAUAUUAAAUUAUUUGCGGAUCAGAAGACGAAACGCAAUG